AUGUUUUUCUUUGUCUCGUGUUUCGCAGAUUGUACGGGGUUGCGAAAUGUGCGCUUAACAAUCGAGCCGAGGGUUGUUCAGAGACACCAUCACUCGAUUUUGCAUUGCAAAUACGACCAGGAGGACGAGCCCCUGUACACAGUGAAAUGGUACAGGGGGCCGCACGAAUUUUAUCGUUACACGCCGACGGAACGGCCUCCGACGAAAGUCUUCCCCUACGCGGGAAUAACAGUCGAUGUGAACCACUCGAACAGCACUCAGGUCCUGCUCCAGAACAUAGAGUUCAAUCUGUCGGGAAACUUCAGCUGCGAAGUGACCAUCGACGGGGUAGUUUUCUCAACGGGAACCGACACACAGUCCAUGCUGGUCGUACAGUUGCCCGAACAUCCCCCGACAAUCAGCGUUGGCCACGAACGUCUGGACUACGGCCACAUCCUCAGGGCGAACUGCUCAUCGCCGCCCUCCAAACCUCCAGCACAUCUCAAGUUCCUCCUCAACAAUGUGACGGUUGCGAGGACGGAAGCCUUGAACGGUCGGAGAGCUCUGGACGCGGUAUGGAGCGACCUCGUGUUGGAACUACCCCUAACCCAAUACCAUUUCACCGAUGGUAGACUGAUCCUAAGUUGCGUGGCCCAGGUGUCCGACAUAUACCAGAAGGAAGCCACCCUCGAACUGGCGAGCGCCAGAAACCCCGUCCCGGAAAGAGUAAGCGCCGUAGACUGCGGAAGCGCCGUCUCCACUUACGUCAUCGUCCCACUGGUCACCUUACACGUUCUACUCCUAAUCAACAGUUAACUUCGUUUGUUUUACACCUGCAUAUAUACAGUUAUUUUUUUCUAUUGUUGUUAGUGGUUUAUUUUUAAAUUAUAUAAUUCAUACAUAAAUAAUUUCAGCAACGGAGCAAGAGGGUAUUUUCACCGAUUAAACAAUACAUUUUUAAUCCUUCUUCACCAAAGCUACACACGCCGUUUUCUUUUAAAUAUUUUAAACUAUUGUAAGAAGUCGCUUACAGUGAUCAGUUUACAAAUUGUAAUUUAUUAAUCUGCUUAUUAACACUAAAUCUACCGACACUUUUUGUAUACCUUAUAAAUAAACGUAAAUAAUAGUCAAUAUGUGAAAGAUGUGAAGAAAUUUGAAAACGGUCAAAUUGAUCGUGGUAGGUUUAGUGUUAAACAAUUUACAC